AUGCCUCCCAUGAAGACUGUAGACUUCUUUUGGAAUUGUAUAGGCGAUGAAGUGAAACAGAAAAUCUUCUUCAAACUCUUGUUUAAAAAUAUGCAGUCAGUUAAAUCGCCAGACAGGUUAAUUUGCAACUCAUCUAAUUGGUUGGAGCCUGGGACAUUUGCGUCAUUUCCAGACUUUUUACCCAUAGGACCUCUUCUGGCAAGUAACAGGCUUGGAAAAUCAGCUGGCAACUUCUGGCAACAAGACUCAGCUUGCCUCUCGUGGCUUGAUCAACAACCACGUAAUUCUGUCAUAUAUGUUGCAUUUGGAAGUUUGACGGUGUUUGAUCAGAAUCAAUUCAAAGAACUUGCUCUCAGCCUUGAACUCACCAAAAGACCAUUCCUUUGGGUCGUGCGAGAAAACACAACUGAAGACGUCGACAAUGCAUACCCAAUAGGGUUCCACGAAAGAGUGCACAAUUGGGGGCGGAUGGUGGCUUGGGCACCGCAGCAAAACGUCCUAUCCCAUCCUUCUGUUGCCUGUUUCAUUAGCCAUUGCGAGUUUACAAAUGUGAUUUUGAAGCCAUACUUUACUAAAUGGAGUGCAACUUCCAUUAAGGGAAGCACAUGGCCUUGUCCUGGAAAUGGAAUAAGCAGAACAUGA